CAGCUUCUAAACCGUCGAAACCGCCUACAACUCCGGCGUCCGUGGGCAUAAAGGUAUACACAGAACCUCCAGUCGAGAGGAGGGGACUUCUGGACCUCGCACCGGAAUCGCCGGUCCCACCUCCUCGACUCCGCAUUCCAGGUUCCACCAGGCUAGCCGCCGCGGCGUUCAAAGAUGCUCGCUUCGCAGAAAGCCCUUGGGUUCGGCUUCUUCGUCCUGGUCGCUUGCACCCUUGUCUACUACUCUCUGUCGUUCUCGUCUUUCUAUCCCCGCAAGCCUUUUGUUCUCUCGCGCCACUCCGACUCCAAUACGCUCCUCUCCUCGCCGCCGCCUGCAGCGGAGCCACUGUCAUGUCCGCCGCCAUUACAGUUUCGCCUCGACUCGGAUCCACGAUUAGACCACAUCGUCAUUAUCGCCAAGACUGGCAUAGAGACAAUGUCACAGCGCCUGCUACAACAGGUGACUACCUUCUUACCACGGUUCAAGAACGUGGUCUAUGUGUCCGACGUACCCGGGAGGUUGGGAACAGAGACAAUUCACGCCUUCAAACACCCGAACUCGGCUCUCAACGGGUGGGCAAGGGAUUCUCCGAAAUACGUGGGCGGGUUCGGCCUGGCGUGGUCUCUGUAUCCAGAAAAAGACUGGUACUUCAUUAUCGACGACGACACGUAUGUGUUUGCUGAGAAUCUCCUUGAAUUUCUUUCGCCGAUCAACGCUUCCAUACCGUACCAACUCGGCUGGGCUCAUUACGGGGGGAGCUGCAAAAUGGUGGGGGCUGCUCAUCCGACCCCGCCGCAUCGUAUGAUCCAAGGAGGUGGAGGCAUCUUGGUGUCUCGGGGAACUUUCCCAAAGUUUCUGGCUGCCCAGCAAGAGUGCGCUCAACGAACGUCAACUUGUCUCACGGGUGAUCAAGCCAUAGGUGCCUGCCUGGCGUACAUCGGCGCUGCACCUCCCAACGCCGAACAUCCUUUCGGCUUCUACAUGCAUGACUGGAGAUCUGGUUCUCCGCGGUUCAACGUCAAGGGUGUCGAUCCCCCUGAAUUUUGGUGGUCGGCGGAUCCAUGCCAUCGGCCAGUGACAGCCCACCGCAUGCGCGAACAUGACGUUCAAGACGCUUUCGACGCUGAACUCGCCACUGACCCUAUCAGGAAGAAAAACUUGUCAAUCGCCGCGAGGAGCACGGGCGCGGGGCAGAACGUUCAGUCAUCAUCAUGGGGGGGAUGGGGACGAACCACCUACGCCGAUCUCAUGGAGUUCCAACUGUUCCGGCUCGAGACAGUGGUGGAGGGGCGAUACUGGUACAACGCCACCGCCGACCCUGCCGCUUCCGCAUCUCAGAAAGCUGAGAUUAGCAAGUACCGAAUUGUGAUGGAGGGCAAGAGGAACGCUCGCGAUGGGGUCGCUUGGAGCGGAACAGUCGAUUCCGAAAUUGCGGAUGUGAAGGAUAUCCCUUCCUGCAUCGCGCAGUGUGUGGGAAAGAGCACUUGCAUGGCUUUCCUUUAUGACACCACUACCCGGAAGUGUGACCUCUUCUCACGACUUGGAGGCCGGGCGGAGAAGAAGAAAGUUGCAAGUGGUGUUGUUCGAGAUCGAUACCGGUGUCAUCAAGAAUCGCCUCCGUUUGUGCAAGCCUGAGAGAUCGCCGGUAGCGUCGCCUCGAGACCAAGACGUCUAGGUUGCCUCGUUUUGGACAUUCUUCAGGGGCAUCGGACGAUACAGGAUUGGAGUUAGCCUAGAAAUGGAAGGAAGUUAGCGCUUCCUCGUAGAAUAGCA